CCAGCCGCGUCGGGCCCCGCGCGCUCCUCCGGGACGCGCCCUCCGAUGCGUCGCGCUCGGGCCGACCCUUUCCCCCCGCACCCAACAAAACCGGGGCACUACUGGAACGGCGGGGUAUGUACGCACGCACGCAUUAAUCACGCCCGCCGAGGAAAAGGCCGGCGAAAAUAAAAGUACUACCACUACUACUUCUAGGAGUGGCAGCUAGCAUCGCAUCGCCCAGCGCAGCAGCGCACCAGCAGGGAGAGAGGGCUCUUCCUCGCCCCCGCCGCCCAUCGGCCAUGGCGGCGACGUCGCUCCUGCGCACCGCCGCCGCCGCCGCCGCGCUUGCGCUGCUCAUGCUCCUGCUCGUCGGCGACGUGCCUCUCACAGAAGCUUAUGACCCUCUUGAUCCAACUGGUAACAUCACAAUCAAAUGGGAUAUCACUCAGUGGACUGCAGAUGGCUAUGUUGCUGUUGUUUCCAUAAACAAUUACCAGAAGUACCGUCAUAUCCAAGCACCUGGGUGGCAUCUUGGGUGGGGGUGGACAAAGAAGGAGAUAAUAUGGAGCAUGACCGGUGCACAGACCAUAGAGCAGGGAGAUUGCUCUGAAUUUAAAGGCAAUAUACCACACUGCUGCAGGAGAGACCCAACAACAGUUGACUUGCUUCCUGGUGCGGCUAUGGGCAUGCAGGUGGGAAAUUGUUGCAAAGGAGGAGUUCUUAGCUCAUGGGUGCAAGAUCCUGUCAACGCAGUGGCAUCGUUUCAGAUCACUGUUGGCCGAGCAGGAACGAGCAAUAGGACAGUGAAAGCACCGAAAAACUUCACCCUCAAGGCCCCAGGUCCAGGGUAUACCUGUGGAGUAGCCCACAAAGUAAAACCUCCCACUAAGUUCAUUUCGCUCGAUGGAAGGAGAACAACUCAAGCGCAUGUGACUUGGGAUGUCAUAUGCACAUAUUCACAGUUUGUUGCUCAAAGAGGCCCUGCCUGUUGUGUUUCACUAUCAUCCUUUUACAACGAAACGAUAGUCGACUGCCCAAAAUGUUCAUGUGCCUGCCAAAACAAUAUAACCCACCCUGGGAGCUGCGUUGAGGGUAAUUCGCCUUACUUGGCUUCAGUGGUGAAUGGACCUGGCAAGGGCAGCUCAACCCCUCUAGUGCGAUGUUCACCCCAUAUGUGCCCAAUCAGGGUGCACUGGCAUGUUAAGGUCAACUAUAGGGACUACUGGAGGGUGAAGAUCACCAUUUCAAAUUGGAAUUACCGGAUGAACUACUCGCAGUGGAACUUGGUUGUUCAGCACCCAAAUUUCGACAAUGUCACUACAAUUUUCAGUUUCAACUACAAAGCAUUGAACCCCUAUGGAGUAAUAAAUGAUACCGCGAUGCUGUGGGGCCUCAAGUACUACAAUGACCUGCUCAUGGUAGCUGGUCCAGAUGGCAAUGUGCAAACCGAGCUUCUAUUCAGGAAGGACCCAUCAACAUUCACUUUCGAGAAGGGCUGGGGUUUUCCAAGGCGCAUAUACUUCAAUGGUGAGAGUUGCGUCAUGCCUCAACCAGAUUUGUACCCAUGGCUGCCAAGCUCCUCCCCAAGAUUGACCAAGACGGCAUUUCUGGCUCUGGCCAUUGUCGCUUGCGCAACGGUGGCGUUCUUGUACAAUCAUCUAGUGUUGGAUAAAUACUGUGGAAAAACCUGACCCGUUGGCCAUUGAGCAUUGACACCGCGAGUUUCUUGCAAGUUUAGGUAGAGAAUGUUGCAUCGAAAGCUGACUGGGGGUGUGUUGUCCUGACUCCUGACCCAUUGGCCAUUGAGCACUGACAACUUGUGUUUCUUGCAAGUUUGAAUCCAUUCAGAUUUUGGGUUCUUGCAAGUUUAAUUUUGUUCAGAUUU